AUGAGUCUAGCCGUGAGCCAGUGCGUCUACAAUCAGAUCCAAAGCUAUUCUCUGACCGACCGGAGACCGCGGCCUUGGGGGGGGCAACUGCUUGUCUUCGCAGUAACCCGUCUCUUCGAUGUCGCCCUCGCCACGGCUGCGGCAACGGCAGCCGCAGCAGCCGGCGCACAUGCAGCUGGAGCGCCCCUGACCUCCGAGAUACUGCGGAAUGCUGCUGUUGGCGGAGCCCUCAAAUCCGGGGCCAUGGUGUUGGCCGGGCUCUUCCUGCUCGCGCCACAGAACACGCCCUUCCUCGUCCUCCCGAUGCUGCUGGGAACCUCCAUAGCAACAAAUGUGCUGCUGGUGGCAGCCAUGGCAAACCGGACAAUUGGAUAUGCACCAACCCAACUUCUCGUGGCCGCCGUCGUGGCAUCUGUCCCGCUCGGCUUCUGCCCGGUCUAUUAUUAUGGAGCCUUUCGAGUGCCAAUCACUUUCACGUCGAUUCCAUUCGAUGUUCUCGGGGCGUAUACGUUUGCGAAAAUGGCUGACAAUCUGGGCUACCCCAUCUGCCCGGCCAGACCCGCACUCGUCGCUGGCGCCGUCUUCGGAACAGUCUUCUCGACCGGCUUGACCCUGUUCAGCUGCUGCGUCAUAGGGAGGCGCAGGACCAUAUUCCUGCGCGGGUCCUCGCAGAGCGGCAUGGCCUAUGCGAGCUGCUGCGGGAACCGAGUCUACAUCAAUGCCAGCGGGACCGAACUGUACGGCGGGCCUGGCAUGUACGGCUCCUUGGAUACCUACACGACGGGGACGGUGCUCAACAGCGCCCAUGCCAUCGGGAUCUACUGGAAUCCGGGUGCGCUGCAAGGACACUUGGUUUGGCAAACCUCGUCGUCCAUCGACAAUACGGCGACUCGGUCGGGUGGCCAGGCCACCAUGUUCAGAAUGCUUUGA